CUCCUCCUUGGCGGUCGUCGACCCCUGUGCGUCCUUAAUCUCAUCCACCUGCACGUCUCUGCACGAGACAACCGCUGUGAGCUCGCCUCGUGUCCACAUCUAGCUGGACCUCGAAGCUCGCGCAUUGCGGUGCCUCGCGUCGUGCCAAAUUGCCACAGGCAACUUGUGAGGCAAGUCGCAGUUGCAGAAAUGGCCGCAGUCGGCCGCUCCAUCUCCAACAUCGCCGCCGCGGCUUCAAGAGCAGCGACGAAGCUCGUGAACGGCGAGUCCGUCGCGUGCGCCGUCGCGAGGCGCGGCGAGCUCGCGGGCGACCGCCUGGCCAAGGCGACGAUCGGCCCGCGGGCGACGUUGGAUGCUGCGGCGAUGGCGCGCAUGGAAAAGGCCGGCGCGCUCGUGGUCCACGGGGACGAGGGCUUCGCGGGUCUAGUGACGGACCGAGGCGUCGUGACCUACCUGAGCCACGGCACGCGGAAACCAAAAAAACAGCAGGACCCGGCCCUCAUGCGCGCCCGCGGCCUGACGGGCGCCGACGUGCUCAAGACGGGCAUCCGCGUCUGCGACGUCAUGAAGACGAACGUGCCGGUCGUGACCCGUGAAUGCGCGGCGAACGACGCGUUGCUGCUGAUGCGCGCGCACGGGCUGUCCGUCCUGCCGCUCAUCGACGACGCGUCGGGCGAGCUCGAGGGCCUCGUGGCGCUCGACGACCUGCUGCCCGAGGCGCCUUCUGUGAGAAAGGCGGGGAGGCUGCGCACGAAGUGGACCUUCACCUGAAUCGCACCAUCACCCUGUGUUGUCUGCACACAAUUUGUCUGAACAUACCUACCCUAAGAUUCCCCUUGUUUU